CACCGCAUCAAGAAAGAGACGAUAAUCAUUGAGGCAGCACCGGAGCUGAGUUCACCACUCCACACGAAUGGGAUCCCUUUCUAUUGUAAGCAGAACAAUGGCCACUUACUCGUUCAAUUCUUCUCCAAUUCCCACAAAACCUACGCUUCCGACGAUCACAAACAGACCGGUUCAUUUGCCUGUCAUAUAUUCUCGUACUUCCGGUGGCAGACAAAAACCCUCCUCGUCUUCUGUCCGAGCUACCCUUACCCCCGCUGCUACAACUGCAGUCCAACCCAAUGAACCCACGACCUACCGUAAAUCUUCCAAGACUCUGCCUUUUCGUGUAGGUCAUGGAUUCGAUCUUCAUCGAUUGGAGCCUGGUUACCCUUUGAUCAUCGGUGGGAUUGAUAUUCCUCAUGAUAGAGGCUGUGAGGCUCACUCUGAUGGGGAUGUGUUGCUUCACUGUGUUGUUGAUGCAAUACUGGGCGCUUUGGGGCUUCCUGAUAUUGGGCAGAUAUUUCCUGAUUCUGAUCCCAAGUGGAAAGGGGCUCCAUCUUCAGUUUUCAUCAAAGAAGCUGUGAGACUAAUGCAUGAGGCAGGCUACGAGAUUGGAAACUUGGAUGCCACCUUAAUCCUUCAAAGACCAAAACUCAGCCCUCACAAAGAGGCUAUCAGGGCCAACUUGUCUGAGCUGCUAGGAGCCGACCCUUCUGUCGUAAAUCUCAAGGCAAAAACACACGAGAAGGUCGACAGCCUCGGGGAAAACCGAAGCAUCGCAGCUCAUACGGUGAUCCUUUUGAUGAGAAAAUAAAACCUUUCUUUGGAUGACAUAAUAAGCAUCGUAAAUUCGUAAUUGUCAGCUGUAAGCGCGGUCUUUUACCAAACAAGUAAUAAAUAUCGGAUUGCCACCGAGUUUGACAAUUUAUGCAAGUAUUUGGUUGGAUUGCAAUAUCUGAAUUGUAAGGUCUGAUCAACCUUGGAUUCCAAAUGGGGUCAGUAAGUCAAUGAAUUUUUUCUAAUUCA